GCAGGAGGAGGUGGGCACGUGGACCGAAGGGUGGAGUCACACCUAGGUGUCCACUGGGAAGCCUGGGGCAGCUGGAUUCUUCCCAGCCUUGGUCCAGGGCAGGCAGCAGGUGGCCCUGGGCCAGGGUGUGGUUGCAGUGAUGGAGGGCACCCUGGCGGGGAGAGCCACAGCUGAGCCCUUCCACAUCACCACUCCUCUGCUGGAGAGCUGGGCACUGUCGCAGGUGGCAGGCACCACUGUCUUCCUCAAGUGUGAGAAUGUGCAGCCGGCCGGCUCCUUUAAGAUCCGGGGCAUUGGGCAUUUCUGCCAGGAGAUGGCCAAGAAGGGAUGCCAACACCUGGUGUGCUCCUCAGGGGGCAACGCGGGCAUCGCUGCCGCCUAUGCCGCCCAGCGGCUGGGCCUCCCCGCCACGGUGGUGCUCCCGGAGACCUCGGCCCCGCAGGUGGUGCGGAGGCUGCGGGGCCUGGGCGCCCAGGUCCAGCUGGCCGGACAGGUGUGGGACGAGGCCAACACCAGGGCGCUGGAAUUGGCCAGGAGGGACGGCUGGGUGUAUGUCUCCCCAUUUGACCACCCGCUGAUCUGGGAAGGCCAUGCCAGUCUGGUCCUGGAGCUGAAGGAGGCCCUGAAGACUCCACCAGGAGUGCUGGUGCUGGCUGUGGGGGGCGGGGGGCUGCUGGCAGGGGUGGCGGCCGGCCUGCAGGCCGUGGGCUGGCAGCACGUGCCCCUGGUUGCCAUGGAGACCCGCGGGGCGCACUGCCUCCACGCUGCCCUGGAGGCGGGCAGGCUCAUCACACUGCCGGACAUCUCCAGUGUGGCCAAGAGCCUGGGCGCCAAGACGGUGGCGGCGCGGGCCCUGGAGUGUGCGCAGGAGUACAAGGUGGUGUCGGAGGUGGUGGAGGACACGGAGGCCGUGAGUGCUGUGCAGAGAUUCCUGGAUGACGAGCGCAUGCUGGUGGAGCCAGCCUGCGGGGCGGCCCUGGCCGCUGUCUACUCCGGGCUGCUGGGAAAGCUCCAGGCCCAGGGCCGCCUGAGCCCCUCGCUGGCUUCCGUGGUGGUCAUCGUCUGCGGAGGCAACAACAUCGACAGUGGGCAGCUGCAGCUGCUGAAAUCCCAGCUUGGCCACAGCUGAAGGCCCCAGAGACCCCUGGAGGCUCACAGACACCCUGGACGAUGCCCUGGUCCCCACCAAGGGCAGUGGG